CGCCUAUACCGGCCAUUCGACAGUGCAAGUUUGUUUUUAUUAUGCACGCCCCAAUCGAUACACUUUAUUUCACAAUCACACACUAUUUACUGCGCUAUCCGUAAAUUUGUGCACCCGAAAAGGAAAAUGUUGUUCCUAAAGGUAUCCAGAGGCGCAAUUGCAUCCUGCAUAAGGAGUCGCGCCCUUUCCACGGCCAACAUCAGCUUCUCCGCCAUCAAAACGGUACAGGAAAAGGUUCAUCCAUACUCGAAAAUUCGCAUCAACUGUGCUUACAAUCUGAAAAUUGUGCCGUACGAUUUGCUAGACUGUCCCGAUUCCAACAUUCUCAAGGCAACGGUAAAGCAGGGCAGCAAUACCGACGGCUUGGCGGUAAAAAUAUCCGACAAAACCGUCACCAUUACUGGCGAUCCGACUGCCGGUGGAACGGAAUGUGUCCUAGAAGUUCCGAUCAAGGCAGAUCUGCACAUCCAUAACAAUGGUACGACCUCGAUAGCAAACCUGUACAGUGAUGAGAUUGAAGUUGUUGGUACCGGUGACAUAGAAACGCAAAGUCUGCGUUCUACGAACAUUACACUGAACAGCACUGCCGGAAGCAUUGCCUGCCGUGGUAUAACGUUGGCCGAAAAUGUGUCUGCCACGACCACGGGCAAAGGAAACAUAUUUCUGGACAAACUGCAGGGCGGAUCGGUUAGCGCCAGCACCGAGACGGGAAACAUUUCGGUUAACGCAAGCUACUCGAACAAAAGCUCCUUUCAGACGAGGGAUGGAAAUUUGGAGCUGAAAAGCAUUCACAAAGACUGCACCGUACGAUCGGCCGGCGGCAAACAGAUUGUUAUGAAUGGCUUCUACGGUACGCUGGACGCGGAUGUGGCUAGCGAAACCGUAACCCUUCAGCUUUCCGAGAUGGUUGGUAAAAGUACCAUUAAAGCGGUGUCAUCACAUGUUUUGAACCUGAAUCUCGCCGAAACGGUGUACGAAACAUCCGCCCUCACCGUGAACUCUUCAAACUUAACGCUCGACAGCACGGUAGUCGACAUGGCCCACCAACGAAAUGGCAGUAGUACUACAUUUGGCAAGUCCGAUGCGGAAAAUACGCUGAUCGUAGAAUCAAACGGUGCAGUGGUGCUGCGAAAAAUGUCCUGGGCGGACAGUUUUUCCUUCGGCAAUAUGAGUCAGGCGGAGCAACAAUAAUUUGGCAUCCCGUCUCACACACACUCAGGGAAGCAUUUCUAUAGCGGUAGGCUUAAAAGUAUAUUUAUUAUCGCAAGCAAUAGCGUCUUGUUUAAUUGGAUACCUCUCAAAAAGAGAAUAAAUUUGUGUAGCUGAUUUGAUGCAAAAGGUUCCAAGUUGAUGUUAUUAGUAAAUAUAGCUAACAGUUUGCAGCAGUGUAA